AUGACAGCAAAUCCGUGCUGGGAAGAAAUUACAAGUGCUCUGUUAGAAAACCAACAACCACACAAUAGGCUUGAUUUGGUGGCUAGGGUGUUUGAGCUCAAACGUGAGGCGCUGAUAAAAGAAAUAGAAGAUAAGAAAGUAUUUGGAAGGGUGGUUGGAUAUGUUUACACAAUAGAGUUUCAAAAGAGGGGUUUGCCGCAUAUGCACAUGUUGAUUUUUCUGGACAAGGCAGAUAAAAUACACACCCCGGGGCAAGGGGAUAAGAUGGUGUGUGCCGAAUUCCCAGAUGAAAAAAAGGAUCCAGAACUUUUUCAAACUAUACAGAGAUGCAUGGUUCAUGGACCGUGUGGUGCUAGGAAACCAAGUGCAAGUUGCAUGGAUGGCGGCAGGUGCACCAAAAACUAUCCGAAACAAUAUGCAGAGUCAACUUCAAUUAGUGAGGAUGGGUAUCUAGUGUAUCGCCGACGCGAUGAUGGCUGGGUUUUCCAUUAUCGCAACCAGUCAUACACUAAUAUGGAUGUGGUUCCUUAUAAUCCACAUCUUAGCAGGAUGUUUGACUGUCAUAUCAAUAUCGAGGUCUGCUCCAGCGUCCUUGUCGUGAAGUAUAUACACAAGUAUAUUUCCAAGGGAUAUGACUUGAUGAUUAUGGUUGUUGGUGGUGGCCCCAACGAGAUUCUUCAAUAUCUGAAUGCAAGGUAUAUUGGAGCACCCGAGGCAGCUUGGAGAUUACUUGGAAGCCGUCCACACAAAGAGAAACCCAAAGUACAGUGGCUAGCGGUAUAUCUUCCGGGCAAGCAACAAGUUAUUUACGAUCCAGAUGAUCCAGUCGAAGUAAUUAGGACAAGGCAGAAAAUGUAG